AAAAGAGUCGCCAGCAACGGGACAUCGCCAGCCAGUUCAUAUAAGCGAGAAAAAGUUUGUCGUAAAGUGGAAAAUUCCCCGAAUAUCUUGGAAAAAACGUAAAAUUUGGAAAGUUAGGUGGUUUUUUUUAUAUCGUAUCCUGUGAGACAGUAACGUCGACGGUUCGUGUCGUAGUAAAUAGUGACAAAACGUGAGCCUGAUAGCUGGUGUCCUGAUCAUCACCACACGGAUCCUUUCCUGUUUUUCGUUCUCUUUUUUCCUAUAUGGCGUAGAUAAAUUUUCUUUUGAGAAAAAACGCUUGAGUGUGUCGAAAAGCAAAACGAAUUUAAAAUUAUAGUGAAGGGAUAAGGAACCCGGGAGAUUUGUUUUUGUGCUGGGGCAGUUUUUUUUUUAUUCCGGGACCCGAGAGCAGCAUCGAAAUUGACAUUGCGGAUAAUGGCCAAAGACAACAACAACGUCAACAUAGCCAAUGAGCUGGGCGAUGGUACGACAGGGAAUGGAUCCGGAAGCUCUUCGGCGGAAGUUCUAAAGCAGAACAACAGCAGCCGAUUGACGGGGCUAGCUGACGAAAAUGAUUCAGCCGGAAGAUCCAACGGAAGCACACUAAGCAGUGUACCGAGCUCGUCGACGGAACGGUAUAAUGGCAGUGAAGCGAGCGAAUCCAGCCGAUCGACUGCAGAACCGGAGGCUGGAACGGCAUUUCCAGAGCUUCCCCGGCGCGAGGAAAACCCGUUCUCUUUUAAACAUUUCCUGAAGCGGGACACAUCGCUAGGGGGAACGACAUCGUCCAGCAGUGCCACGGCCACCGUCGUGACCUCCAGCAACGGUGGCAACAUCAAUCACAGUCGAAGCGCUUGCAACAUCAACGGCAACAACGGAUGCAGCUUUAGCGGAAGCAUAGGUAGCAGUACCAAUAACAAUAAUAAUAACAACAGUAGCAACAGCGCCAAUAACAAUCCGGCGGCUAGUGGAGCUUCGCCCUCGAAGUCGGCCACCACUAGCUCGCUACACAACACGAGCACAACAGGGGCGAAACCUAAAAUUCCUCAGUUCCAGUCGGUCAACACCUUGAGCAGUGAGUCCAAAAUGAAACGGUCACCCCGCUUUCCUUCUUUUGAUUCACAGUCUAGUUUGUCGGAUUUGGCCGAUGACAAGUUCAUGGCGAACAUCUAUCACAGCCGCAGUAACAGCUCUUUUAACUCCGACUACCCCUUGGGAUCAGGUGGAGGUACGGGAUCGGGAUCGCAGUAUGUUCAAAGAUCGUUCUCUAAUUACGAUAUGGAGAGUCCAGGUUCCGUAGAUUCUCCAAGGCUUAUAGGAUCACAGAACCUGCAUAACUCACCGAACUUUGGUGGAGGCAGUGGCCGCAGUCGGGAAAACUUGAGCUCUACUCACCGCCUGGGCACGUCCGAGUUUUCGGCCGCCCUACCAGACUUCGUUCAGGACCAUCUGGUCAUGGAGCAGUGGUACAAUACGAUGGGAUCACCUAAAAGUGUUUCUCCUGUUUCGGUUGACUUCGAUCAGCUACCCGAUUUUGCCGUCAACGAUCUCGAUCCAGAGCCUAGCAGCGGGCGGGGUCACAUUCCGGUCAUAAAUGAUAUGCCCUUCGAUUUGACAUACAAUUCAGCGACAAUCGGAUCAAAUUCAGGCGGAAGCGGCAGCGCCAACCGUAAUCGAACUCCUCUACGUAACACAUCACCAAACGUUCCUCUCGAUUUGCCUCCGCAAAACUUGGACUUCUCUUUCGGAAUGCCCCGGAGAAGAACGACUCCUCCCCAGGCAAUCGCUGAAUUACCUCCGGAUCUUACCGAUAACAAUGCCACCGCUACGGCUCGUUCUGGUUACUUUUUCUCGGACAUGGACCGGAAUCACUCGUCUCCGCCAUCCGGUUCCGCUGCUGAUAAAAUCCAUCGUUUGCCGGAUUUUCUCUCGGACGGACCGAUUCAUUCCUCCGGACGGUUGGCGGAUGUCACCCAGCACGACACACCCCACUUCAAUUCACCGGACGCGGAAGCCAACCAUCAUCACCAGCAGCGGCUGCAAAUCGAGCGACAGGAAAACGAUAGGUUAAGAAGGGAGCUGGAAGAUAACCGGCGCAUGCUUUCCGAACAAGCCCGCCGGAUAAGGGAACUGGAAAAGUCGCUAGAAACGGCUCGCAGUAACGCUAGCUUGGCGCAGACGGUCGGUGGCAUCGAGGAAAACCUAGAUAAGAGCUAUCUAAGGGCAGCAACCGCCGAAUCCCAAGUGCUGAAACUGAGGCAAAAAAUCAAAAGGCUUUACGCUGAAAUCGAAACACUCCGCUCGGAGAACGAGGUGCUGAAAGAGGGUGGUGCCGUCGGCGGGUCCGAUGGUGGUGCGUGUGGUGGUGGUGCUCCCGAUAGUCGAGGCGCCGGCGUCAGUGGCUUCGGUGCGGCGCGACUCGGUCCAGCCCGGCCACAGAGAAUGUUCACACGGUCCCAGGAAUUGUCGCGGGAGCUGCGACAAGCUGCGGCAUCGGCGGAAAAUAAUCUCCGUCAACUACUUACCGGAGUGGACAAUCUGCGGAUGAUGGCAAGCACCAUUGAAAAUAUAGAUCGCAUCGAAAUAAGCCAUCCCGAAGAUUUCCUGUCGGAUAGCGACGAUGAUGAUCUGCUGGGACCGGCUCUGUAAGGGCCUUCGCGAAGGAGAAUCUAUGCCUAUGACGAUGGAUCGAUGAGACGAUUAUUUUAUAAUAUGUGCUAGCUCAGCUUGCCGAUUGUGGUCAAACGGAAAAAGUUUGCAAUUACAAAAUUUAGACGUUUUUUCCUGUGAUGUAAUUAAUUUAUCUAAUCUUUUCAUUUUGAGUUUGUUUUAAUGUAGGUUGAAUUUGACUGAACAAGACUGCAGAUGUUGUCCGAAUAACCUAGUCGAAAUCAAUCUGUUUCUUAUGUUUUCGAUAGCACAGUUUCAUAAUAUUUCUUGAAAAAAAAAUGCAAAUCGUAGACAAGUUUCUCUAAAUUACGUUUUUUUUUCUUCGAGAUCGAUUUUUUAGGAAGAAAACCACUGCAAGGUGCGGCAGAAAAACGAAACGGAAAUGAUUUCCGAUCACCUUUUUCAAGUAAUUAGAGCAACAAUAUUAUUGUUUUCAAGGCUUUUUCAAACAGAUUUAAAAGCCGUCGUCAAAAAUCUCUUAUAGACGACCGAAAAAUAGCUUUCACAUUGUUAGGCGCAUAAUUGAUGCUGAAUAGAUUUAUGCCUUUAAACCAGAUUUGGAAUAUAUAAUUUUCAAUGAUUCUCCUAUUCUCACUAACAUUUGAAUUUAAAAGUUUAUUUUUCGAUUUUUAUGCCGCACCCUGUAUAAAGCAGCAGGAUGUUAAAAUUAAUCUUUUUUUUUUGCCAUAUGCUAUUGGAAACAGUAAAAAAAAUUAAACGGCAUUAAGGGAAAAGUGACCGUUAACAUUCAGUGAGAUGUUUGCGCUUGAGAGAAGGAAAGUUAGCUACAAAAAAAAUACAAUGAAAUUGUGAACCGGCCAGGCUAAAAGCAGGAUAAAUCUAAAUACCAAUAGGAACAACUUAUUUGUAUGUUUAAGAAAGUCAAAAGCAAGCAAAAAGUCAUACAAAAUUAUCACUAUAAUACACACGCUGUACAUCAUAUUUAGGCGCUUGAGACCAGAUGUCUUUCCGAAUCCUUGCCACUGCUUGCAUCUUCCAAGAUCGAACGGGCAUACCAAAAUGUUGAACCGGAGGAGUUUUUUCUUUUGAUUCUCUUAACGGACACCCGUCGUCGGUUAGAUUGGUUGAGGUUAACGCAUGCAGCCUGAUGGUGCACUGAAGGAAAGAAGGCAGCAAACAAGGGAAACCGAACACAUCGCUUUUCUAACUGUAGAGUUUUGGUACUAAAUAAUUUAGCCAAUAGAAAAGGAAACGCAAAGCACAACUUCAUUUCUACACGCAUCUCGAACCAAAAGCAGGAUCAAAUCACCUACACGUUCAAACAUACACACAGACUCGUCUCCAUAUACAAUCUCGGUUUGAUGUAGGUAUCUUCUUAAUGAAUAACAGAUGAUAUUAUAAAAACGCUACAGGAGAAACAUUCAUUAAAAAGAAAGUUCUGAAAUCUA